GUUUUUGGUGAAAGUUGUAUCCAAAAUGAAUAUCUGUCGUGUUUGUAUGCAAAACGGUGAACAAUCCACCGGUGGUGGGCUGAUUCCGAUAUUUUCCAAAUUGGAAGAUGCUUUCAUUGCCAAUGUCAUAGUGGAGUGCACUUCGAUACAGAUUCUGGAGGACGACGGACUUCCGACGUCGAUCUGCCAGACAUGUGUUGACGAUUUGAAGAAUUUUAUCGAAUUCAUCAGAAAGGCAAGGGAGUCGGAUAGAAAGCUGAGAAAAAUGUUCAAGUCUGAAAGCGGUAGGAGGGCGGCUGAGGUGAGUGAGACAGGCGAAGAAGACAAGAACUGGAACCCUGCACUGGAGAUGUCUGUGUACACGGAUAAUCUUAUGGAGGUCAAGGAGGAAUUAGACUCCGAUGAAGAGGAGGACGAAGAGAAGGUUGACGAUCAUCAAAAGGAAGACAGUGAACCAGAUGGAGAUGAAGAUUUCAUAGCGGAUGAAAAUGACAGCGACUGGAAAGGACAGGAAUCGGAGGAAGAGGAAGAAAAGCCGGUGAGAAAAAGAAGCCGAAGGAAAAGGAUUCAAGACACAGAUGAAAGCGAUUAUGAUUCGGAUGUUGAGAUCAAGAAACCCAAAAGGGGAAGGAAACCCGGGCGAAAGGUUUCUAAGAAAGUCGACGAGGAAGAUGAAGAUUACGGAAGUGACGAUGUUCUGGAUGAGAAGGAACUGGCCACAUUUAAUGUCAUUGAUAUUGAACAUGGUCAAUUGCUGUGUUGUUCUUGUCUGCAGAUCUUCAAUAACUCGGAAGAUCUUAAGAUUCACCGGGAGAAACAUGUCAAGAGGCGUCGAGUGAACAUGUCCAAGACUAACAUUUGCCAGAUUUGCUACAGAAGAUAUUCAACGCCAUAUGCCUUGAAGUUGCACUAUCGACGCAUGAAAGAAGCAACGAAGGUUUAUGGAUGCACAAAAUGUCCAUCUAGGUUCAUAGAUCAAAAGCGUCGACGGCAUCACGCUCACAAUCAUCCUCGAGAGAAGGAAAUCAUUCCUUCCAAAGUAAUAGUUGCUCCCAUUCCUGUAGUUGUGCAGGAAGAAUACGGAAGGAUCUGCUGUGCCCAAGCUUGUUAUCAAUCGUUUGAAACAGAGGAACUCCUGCUUGCUCACGCUCACUCGGCUCACAAAAUGAACAAGGUUGAACAGUCCCUGGACGAAAAUAAGGACAAACCCAUCGAAUGUCUUGUCUGUUUCAAACGAUUUUACGACGAAAUAUCCCUGCAGCGGCAUCAGCAUAGAAACUACAAACCUCUUAGCCACCAGUGUUCCGUUUGUGGUCUGAAAGUACGUGGUGGAGAAGCAUUAGCCACCCACGAACGGUCCCAUCGCAAUGAGAAACCAUUUGAGUGUGAAGUCUGUCAUAAGAAUUUUACCAGCAAGGGCAGUUUAAAAGCACACAUGAUGGUACACAGUGGAGAGAAGCCAUUCGUUUGUACCACCUGUGGGUGGAGUUUCCGCCGGAAACGAAACCUCCAGGUGCACGUACUUUCCCAUUCGGAUAAUCAACCGUUCCAGUGUGAAGUGUGCCAGAAGGCAUUCAAGUCGAAGGUUCACCUGCAGUAUCACAUGAGAACGCACACAGGCGAGAAACCGUACCCAUGCCGCUACUGCGACAAAGCAUUCGCUGAUCACACUAACAGACAACGACAUGAGAUGUCUCAUACCGGUAUCAAACCGUACAAGUGCACCUUCUGUGAUAAGACGUUCAUUCGUAAGCGAUUCCAGGUGGAUCAUGAAAGCAGUCACACAGGAGUCAAACCGUACCGCUGUGACAUGUGUAAUCGAAGCUUCAGUCAAAAGUCUGGCUUACGUCGGCACCUGGAGUCUCACCCGCUGGCACCAGAAAAUGCAAUAGCACUGGCUGCACCUUCACCAAUGCCAGCUCAGGCAUCGACUCACAUGGUGGUGGGCGUAGAUUCAUCAAUGUCGCCACCGCCGGUUCCAAUGGCCCCGAUGAACACUAUGGGUGAUCAUCCGGGACCUAGCAGUAGUAGUGGCAGUAGCUACUUUCAACAUCCACAAAAUGUAAGCGCUGAUUUGCAUUCCAAUGUUUAGAACACGGGAAUUAAGCGUGUAAUAACAUUUGGAAUUA